AUGGGCCUCUUUCGCAUGAGGGCAGAACAGCAAUGGUGGAGCUCGAACGCGUCUGUGAAACGCCUGACAAAGAAGCUGUUGCACUGCUGGGCCCAGCAUGUUGAAGUGGGAGUAGAGGAGAGCAUGAGGUUGAAGUGUCCAGAUCCGACACUGGAAACCCGAAACCACCCGUUUACGGUUGCUUCUCGGAGGAAGGGUUCGAAAGCUCUGCAGUUGGCCUUGAUUCAGCGAUUCACCUGCAAAGGGGGGGGAUUUGUCAGCACAAAAAACGAGCUUACUUUGAGUGCACUCGGAGUAGUCCAGAAGGGCUCUACGUUAGGGUCACGGACAAGCUCGGAAUAUGUUGCACGGGCACUCGUGGCCACCUGUGGCUUCUGCACGGAGUACAUUGCCUCUGCCAGGCUCAAGGUUCUUUCGAUCAUUCUUCGCCUCAAUGGCCAUCAUUUUGCGGCCCCGACACAAUUACUUCCAGCAGGGGGAGAUCCUGACGAGACAGAGGAAGCCUUGAAAAGCUUCACUGAGGCUUUGAAAGUGGCCGGUGGGGCAGCAAAGGGAGAACGUGUUGAGGUACCAAAGGGCAGCUUCAAUUGGAAACAAUACCGUCAGGCAACCAAAGCAGUGCUGGCGGGUGUUGCCAACAGCCUGAGAAAUUGCUUUCCUGCAGGGUGGAGCAUGAAGAAAUGUGUUCCCCCCAACUUGCUGACACCUGCUUCAACUGGUUGUGACCGAGUUUCCCUGGCUGAUUUGGAGAAAGCUACGUUUGAUCGACCCAAGACCAUGCACUUUUUCUUCAAUUACGAUUUCCGAAGUUUUCAGGCAACGCCCCAGUUUUACCAGCAUGAAGACUUUCACAGGCUGAUUUUCAGCGCUGACGAAGGGACGGAGGGCUUCCUGGGGUUUCUUCAUUUGGCGAAUUCCGGCGUCUACACGCUCAUGUGGCCUGAUAUCUUUCACCGAAUCAACCGACGAGUUGCCCAAGCUUUGAACCACCCUUCCUGCGAAGAGGUCAAGCACUUGCUGAAACAGGCAAUGAAGCUUUUUCGAUUCUCACGGGCACCUUUUGCUACAGGACGAUUCGGACAGAUGAUCUCUGAGGCUCGCAGGGACCUCCUGCAGGCGGUGGUUGCGGGGAAGGUGGAUGACCUGGUGGACAUGUGGUUGUCUGGGGUUGCCCGCGAUCGAGGGGUUGCUGUCCUGGCUGAUGAUUCCAACCAAGACAAACUGCGAAGCGUCAUUGCUGUCUUCAGACCUCUUCGUGCGUACUUAGGAGUCCUUGAUUCUGAUAUGCAGCGCAAACCUACCGCCUCGGUGCACCAUGCCUUGUACCUAGCCAGUGGAAGGGCUCACCACAAGCUCUUGUCGUCGACCUUGUCAGACAGCACCUCCCAGAAGACCCUUGGCUAUGUGGGUGCGCUGGAGGAGGAUGAAGAGGGGGCAGAGAAACUGGGAGUUCAUGCGUCUCUUCUCUUGUCAGUUCUUGGAGCGCUCUGUGACCUUGAUGUUACUCACGUCUCACUUCCUUGGAAGGUUGCAUGUGGGUUUGACCAGAGUCUGAUGCCUGGCCUGCUGGAGUAUAUGGAAGCCGAAUGGUGCUUUGUGAUUUCGGUGGUGGACCACCAGGACCCGAAGGAUCAGCUAUGGAAACUGCUGAGCCACACACGCUGGCAGGUGUACCGGGAUGUAAUGACAAAAGCUGAGCACUUCAACUUUCGCUUUCCUGUUUUGGCAGCUGGAGAUCCCGAUGCCAAACCCUUUAUGGAUACCAUUCGGGCUGUCAUGGGCAUCACCUCGGACACUGAAGAUGAGACUGCCGGUGCUACUGAUUCCUUGCUGUCAUCAUUGCAUUCAGAACUCGCCUUCAACGACAUGAGAGAUGCCUGUCGCAGGCAUAGCAAGAAAGAACGGCAACAAAGUUCUUCUUUCCACUGUGUGGCAAUGAAGUCUGCAUCCACUAGGUCGAGUGGAUGCAAGCAGGUUGAUGUCCAAGAUUCCGAUUGGGCAACCCCUAUUCCAAGAAAGGAAAUUCAAACUUCAGUCCUUUCAGCUCUGCGUUUGUCAGAUCGAGCACUAGGCAUACCAACUACUGGACUCACGAAGUGCAAGGCUCCUUCGUUGACCAAGCCUCAUAUUCUUUGUCAAAGACUUGGUUUACUCAAGUGUUUGCAGAAGGUUUUCGAGCAAAGCAAAGGGACUGUCGAAGAACGAAGGGAUGCCACCGUGAAUGCAUACCACGACUUGUGGCUGAGCAAGGUGGUGGGAGAACAUGCCUUCAUCAGGGAGAUCAGCUCAAAUGGGGGCAACACCAAUCAUCCGGAGUUGGUUCUUCGUGCAGGACCUUUCACAGUCUUGACCAUUGGUGUGACCCCUGCUUCUUCCGAUGCGCCUGAGACCUACAACCUUUGCUUGCCCACGCAGGAGAAAAUCGUGAAAUCUUUGGAGGACUUUGAGAUGGCCCCAGCAGAACCCGUGGUUGCGCCUGGGACUGGGACUUUGGCUUUCCGAGCUAAAGGAGAUUACCUGCCCUUGGCCAAUUUUGUUGCAGAACAUUUGAUUUUGCAAAUUGGUGCAGGGGUGUUGCGCAGUCUUUGCGCUCGCAUGAAGAUGAAGAAAGCAGGGAACCUCACCCACAAACUCAGGGUAGAGCUCUUUUUGAAGACGCUGGGGUAUGACGAUCAGUACGUCCAGUCGGUUCUUGACCAAAUUCGUGACAGACCACCUCGCAAGAGAAAAGCUGCAGGCAACAAAGAAGGUGACGAUGAGGAACCUAGCAACAUAUAUAGCUUCAAACCAUCACAUUCAUGUAUAACAUAG